GCCCCCCUGCGCGUGCCGGUUGGGGGCGGGGCGUUCCGCCAUGAAGCCGGCGCGCGCGGCCGUGUGGAACGCGCGGGCCGCGCUGCUCUACUCGCUGGGCGGCUGGACCACUCUGGGCGCCCUCAUCUACUACGGCCGCCAGGACAAAGGCAGCACCGAGAAUGAAAAAGAUCCUAAUGCAAACCAAGGGACCUACAAAGAAGUACGCACUAAGGAGUAUCCUUUUGGAUUGACAGUGACAACAGAAAUAACAUACAGAGAGGUUCAGCCUCCUCUUACGCGGCUGCUCAGGCGUGUGGUGUCAUUCUUUGUUCCUGAUGACAGCCCUCCUUCCGAAAAGUGAGCUGUUCAGAAGCUCAGAACAUUGUGCUGGACCCCUGAGAACAUCAUCCCAGUGCCUGGCACCAGACCACGGCUGGAAAACGUGCAUUGCUGAAACAGCAGUUCUGCCCAGCUGGUGUGCAGACGUACCCAGGUGAUCCAGGAUGCACCUGGGAUGGCUCCUCAGCUGGGCAGCUCUGAAAUGGAUACUUUGGGAAUGAUUAGUGAAUGAGAAGGAAUGUAGUUUAAUGUUUUGGGUAUGAGAGUUCCUUAUGGUCCUUCAAAUAAAAGCUCACAAGAGAUGA